UCUCCCUGAAAGAAAACAAGCCGUGAGGAUAUUUAAGGAUGCACUGCCCAGAUGUGUCUCCCACCUCUACCUUUCUCGUAGGACUAAUGUGCUUGACAGUUUUCAGCAGCUUUGCUAAGACUUCUGCAGACUUCUCAGGUUACAUAUCACAAGUGUUAAAGAAUUACACUGACCAUGCCUGCGAUGGAGAAUAUGUUUCCUUGAGAUGUCCUCACAGAACCACCAUCAGUAUCCAGUCUUCUUUUUAUGGCCGAAUUGUACCAAGUCAUCAGAUGUGUCCUUCUCGUUAUCCCCACUCCUAUGCAACUUUAAUUAAAGAAGAUGUUGCUUGUUCAGUUGGGACUUCCCUUCAGAAGAUGCUGGAUGAGUGCCAGGACCGACGGAGCUGCCAGUUUCUCGUCAACAGCCGGCUCUUCGGCGCGGAUCCGUGCCCGGGAACUGGCAAAUACCUCAUCGUGUGGUACAAGUGCAGGCCGAAUGAGUACAAGAGUAAAGUAGCCUGUGAAGAUGACAAGCUGAGGCUAAGCUGUAAGAAGAGCAUGGUGAUAGCCAUUUACUCUGCUGUCUUUGGAAGGACGCAAGGAGGCAGCCUGGAGUGCCCGUACCAAAGCCUAGGGAUGCCCAUGAUUGAGUGCCAGUCGGCUACCGCUCUCCAACUCAUGAUCAAGCGCUGUCAUGGGAAAAGAAGUUGCAGCAUAUAUGCCAGCACCUAUGAAUUUGGAGAUCCUUGUUACCCUGGCAUCCGAAAGCAUCUUAAUGUCAUCUACACAUGCGUUCCCAAGAAGCUUCUGCAUGAAACCCAGCCAAGACCAACCAAUUACCAAGGAUUUCAGAAGCCACAUUUUCCAGUGCGGCCGAGGGCAUUUGAUCCCAAUGUUAUAGGGGACGGCGUGUUCCUUUCUGAUGUCUCUCCUUCCAAUAUAGGGCGUGCUCUCCCAGCAGAGAAGAAGAAAGGGAGAUCAGCUACCUUCUACCCGCUAGAAAUCACUCCCUUCCUGCUUCCUGUGGAUGAGACACAAUCGCCAGCGUUCAACAGCAGCAUGGAGCCCAUGGGCGUUAGCACGGAGAUGGCACUGCUCAGCAACAUCCUAGCAGCGUACUCCUUUAUCACAGAAAACCCUGAGCGGGCUGCUCUGUAUUUUGUCUCUGGAGUGUGCAUUGGACUCGUCUUGACCCUUCUGGCCUUGGUGCUAAAGGUGUCUUGCCGAACUGACUGCAAACGUUCGUCUGCAAAAAAGCCUCCCCGGGAGCGGGAGAGUGACAGCAGCGACAGUGACGACGAUUCAGACACCACUUCGGACCUGUCGGCCCGCAGGCACCGCAGGUUCGAGAGGACUUUGAACAUGAACGUCUUCACUUCAGCGGAGGAGCUGGAGCGAGCGCAGCGGCUGGAGGAGCGGGAGCGCAUCAUCCGGGAGAUCUGGAUGAAUGGCCAGCCGGACAUCCCAGGGACCAGGAGCCUGAACCGUUACUACUAAGAGAUGGGGAAUCCCGACAGUCCAGCACUGCAGCCUGGGGCUUCUCCAUGCCUGAUGAAGAGCAGAGGAAGGGAAGGAGUAUUACAUGGAUGUCUCCCCUUUUCCUUUCAGAAGUGCUACGUGGUGCAGUGUGGAUGGACAGCAAUAAAGCUUUCCCUAUCUCCUUUUCUCUGACAUAUUGCUAUCGCUCCUCUUCAUGGAGACUUUCUGGUUACAACAGAGGUGGUUUCCAACUUCAUUUCUUAGUUGUAGGCAGGGAGCUGACAAUUCACAUCCUCCCAUGUGGGACUUUGAGUUUGGUGUGCUGCGGUACGAUUGCUCCUCUCUUUGCUGGGGAGAGAAGUCAUCCAGGUUUUGGUUUUGAUUUUGGAUUUUUUUGAUUUCCCUUUCCUGAGGAUUUUGAGAUAAUUGUGAACAAAACUGCAGAUCUGGAAAAUGAUUUGGCAAGGGAGGGGGAGGUACAUCCUGACUGACUGUCUUGUGACUUCAGAAGCCAUGAGAUUAACCUAAUUAAAACCCAACAGCAAAUAUGACUUGUUAAGAACUAGGGAAUGGGGAGGGGGGAGAGGGGGGAUUCUUCCAUUGUGAAAUCAUCUCGGUGCUUGGAUGUUUGCCAUAAUGUACACAGUUAUUUAUGGCUGUCUUUUCAUCUUCCUUUUCAAUGGGAGCAUUUUUUUUUUACUGACACCUCAGGGAUAAAAUCCUAUUAUUUUUUUGAGUCCGUUCUCCCUGCUGGCCCCUGUCAAACAACCCACCUCCAACAGUGAAAUUAUGAUAAUAUAAGAGAUGUGUCAGUGAUU